AUUACGCGUGAGAUUAUAAAAGCAAGUGCUGAGAGGCUGAGCGGACGGCAGACAGUUCCGUCAAGACAUCUGCCCAUUGGCACGGCUCCGCCGAGGCCUUGUGGCUGCCUCGACGCCAGGAGAAGAACGAGCAGCCGCAGCUGGGGCGCGGGCGAGCGCUGCCUCCUCCAGCCGCCCCUCUGCCUCCACGCCGCCUUCGAGUUCCCGCCCGCGCCUCGCCACCAUGUUUUAUUUCCACUGUCCCCCGCAGCUGGAGGGUGCCACGCCCUUCGGCGGCCCGUCCGCGGCGGACUUCGACGACGGCUUCUUGCGGCGGAAGCAGCGGCGGAACCGGACCACCUUCACCCUCCAGCAGCUGGAAGCCCUGGAGGCCGUGUUCGCGCAGACCCACUACCCCGACGUCUUCACCCGGGAGGAGCUGGCCAUGAAGAUCAACCUCACGGAAGCCCGCGUGCAGGUCUGGUUCCAGAACAGAAGGGCAAAAUGGAGGAAAACAGAGAGAGGCGCUUCAGACCAAGAAGGACCUAAGGAGACGAUGGCUGAGGUGACACCCCCAGGAAGGAAUUUAAACUCUCCCUCUCCAGUUGACCAAACCAGGAAUAAGAAGGAGAGCCUGGAGAUUCAACAGAGCCUCAGCAGAGCCGUCGGUCCCUCUGGGCCCUUUUUCCCCUCGUGUCUUCCAGGGACUCUCCUCAACACGGCCACCUACGCCCAGGCUUUGUCGCAAGUUGCGUCCCUCAAAGGUAGCCCGCUGUGCUCUUGCUGUGUUCCCGACCACAUGGGCCUCUCCUUCCUCCCCACGUACGGCUGCCAGAGUAAUCGCACGGCGAGCGUGGCAGCCCUGCGCAUGAAAGCCCGGGAGCACUCGGAGGCUGUGCUGCAGUCGGCGAACCUCCUGGCCUCCAGCAGCCCCACUCCACCCUCGGGGGCCAAGCCGGGCGCAGAGAAUGCCUUGGACAACAAGCCGCCCGUGGCUGUGGAACAGAACGAAAGCGAGAAAAGUGUUUGAGACCCCACAUGCCGCCUCGUAACGAACUCAGCGCCCCAAGAAACCAAAUCUGAGGGAUCCACCCUUUAGAGGCUGUCUGGAUUUAUUUUGAAACUGGAAGGAAACUUGCUCAGCUCAUCUGUUGACAGUUUCAGCAAGCUCUGGGUUUUCUCUGGCCCUGUCUUUUAUUGCUACCAUCAAUUCCCUCUGGAUUUCCCAAGGUUCUCCAUUGCUCUCGCUGAAUCUCCAGGUACUGCCUGGUGUUAGUUCUGCUUACAGCGGAACUGGAUCCAGGAGCCCUGAUGGGAAUAGCAGAGAGAGAAGCAAAAGGGCAUUAUUUGCCUGGUGUCUAGAUUCCACCAGAUUGGGGUGGGGGUGGGGGAUCAGGGGUUGCCUCAGCAUCGCAUAACAGGUCCCCCUUCUAUUUAAACAAGAACAACAACCUUUUAGUUGCUCCACAGCGGAUGGGUGUAGAAAGGCCUGGUUUCAUUGGCCUGACGAGUGGAAGUUCCUGAGGUCCGGAGAGCUAAUCUAUUAAUCUAUUAAUUUAUUUAUUUAGAAGGUCUGUACACCGCCUUUUGAGAGAAUGGCCCUCAACGCAGAUUACAGGAGAUUGUAAUGAUGCACACACAACCAAACAGCCCCUUGGCCCACAUCCAAGCCACAAUGUGACCCUACACAUGUGUAGGAGGACGGUGAUCCUACACAUGUGUAGGAAGAAGGAGAGCUAGCUACCCAUACUGCAGAGGGGCCUACAACUUGCUGCUGCCACUAACACCUUGACUGAGGUCAUUCAGGUCUGAGAAGCCGGGCCAACAGCCAAGGAGUGUGACCAUUCCCUGCAAAAACAUUGGGGCUGAAUUUCUAGGAAUCUGAGUCAUCUCUCCAUGGGACCAUCACUUCUUCCUGCUCCCUACGUUCAGUUUGGGAUGCAGGAGGCCACAGACAUUCCUAUCAGCGCUGAAUAUGUUUCUAGCAGAAAUAUGAAUGGGUGAAGAUAACAACCUCUCUUUCUAAGGUCUAAUUUUAGCUAGGAUUUGGGGGCAGUGAAAAUGACCGGAAGGGUCUACUACAACAUCUAGAUGAUAAAUAGGUCUUCUGUCAUUGAAUGAGCUUGGUGAAUAGGAUCUUUGGAUCCAUCCCUUCCUGGAAAGGGAUUUCUGCUUUGCCCGCUCAGUUUGCUCUACUUGCCAAACUGAGGUCCUUUGUGGAACAUGUCCUCUCCAUUUCCCCUCAUCGUAGCAGAACUGUAACUUCACACAGGCUGUGCUUCAAGAUCCUGUUGAAUUUGAGGACAUGAGACCAUCAGUAUAUCCCACAGAGCAGAAGGAAGACACUUUGGAAGUAGUCCAUAACCAAGGGUUUGAUUCGUGAGCACAGAGUGGUAAUAUUUUUUAUUUGUCAUAGGUAUUUCUACCCUGCCCUUCAGAUUACCCCUCAGUCGGAUGGCAUACAAUAGAAGAAUCAAAUCAUUUCAGCAGUGCAAUACUAUUCAAGUGUACUAAAAUAUAA